AUGAACCCCGGGCAAUUUUAUGCUCUUCCUCAAUCUCCGCAAACCUUCAAGCAGCUUCUGAUGGUGGGGGGCCUUGACCGCUAUUUCCAGAUCGUGAAGUGCUUUCGCGACGAGGAACUGCGGGCUGACAGGCAGCCAGAAUUCACACAGAUUGCCCUUCGGCUGAAGCAGUGCUGUGAGAUUUCUUGUGACAUCAAUGGUACCUUGUGGAGUCAUUUGAGAAUGUGA